AGGUCAAUAAAUGUUAUGAAGUGAAGGUGAGGUGAGGAGAGUUGAGGUGUGCAUGAAGGUAACUGACACACAACUUUCCGUCCUCACUCCUCUCUGCACUCUGCAAUGCUAACUACUGCAGACUCACCAAAGCCUAAGCCCCACCGUAUCAAUCACUAUCACCACCGUGGACCCCGCCGCUGUUAAUUCCGACGUCGAAACAUGUUCGUUUCUCCCCCCCUGCUCUCCGCCGCGUGCCCCGUCGUCAGAUGCAGCACCACCAACCGUAACAACCUUACAACGAGGCCUUUCAGGAUUGUCGCUGAUGCUGGGUUCCCUUCCUUUCUUCCCAGAGAGGUUGAGAGAAUCGAAGACCCUUUUGCUCGAAAACUCGCCAUGCGCAUUCAGAGACUCCCUGUUCCUGUUAGUUUCGCCGAAAAUCCCAUCAUGAGUAGUUGUGUGAAGCCAUUGGUGCAGAGCAAGGAACCUCCAAUUGUCCUUCUACAUGGUUUUGACAGUUCAUGUUUAGAAUGGAGAUACGGACAUCCUCUGCUUGAAGAAUCUGGAUUUGAGACCUGGGCCAUUGACAUUCUUGGUUGGGGCUUCUGUGAUUUAGAAAAACUUCCAUCUUGUGAUGUGGUAUCAAAGCGUGAUCACUUCUAUCAGUUUUGGAAGUCCUAUAUCAGAAGGCCAAUGAUAUUGGUUGGACCAAGCCUUGGCUCUGCUGUUGCGAUUGACUUUUCAGUCAAUUAUCCAGAAGCUGUGGAAAAGCUUGUUCUGAUGGAUGCUAGUGUAUAUGCAAAGGGAACUGGGAGCCUAGCAACCUUACCAAGAUCGGUUGCCUAUGCCGGGGUAUCUUUAUUGAAGAGCAUUCCAUUACGCUUUUAUGCCAACUAUCUGACUUUCACCAACACGUCCUUCCGCACCAGCCUUGAUUCGGUUAAUGUGGGUCGCUUGCAUUGUUUAUUACCUUGGUGGGAUGAUGCUACUGUGGAUUUUAUGACUAGUGGUGGUUACAAUGUUGGUUCCCUGAUAAGAAAGGUAAAGCAGAAAACACUGAUAAUAUGGGGUGAAAAUGACCGCAUCAUCAGCAAUAAGCUUGCAGUGCAACUACACUGUGAAUUACCUGAUGCAAUUUUACGCCAAAUACCCGAUUGUGGGCAUCUUCCUCAUUUGGAAAAACCAGAUUCUACCAUCAAAUUAAUUGUUGAAUUUAUGAAGAAAGAGACCAAGAAGUUAAGUGAAUGUGUUUCACAAGUAUGAAUGGGGAACACCUGUUUUGCCCUUCUCUAACAAAGAAGGCACCUGAGCAGUUCAACAUUUGGCAAACAAUGCAGGUGGUAGAGCAAAAUAAGUUUUUAGAAUGCUCUUUCCCUUACUAGAUUUAUAGAUAUACUAAUAGCAUGUUUGGAUCAACUUAUUUUUCUUCAAAAUCAAUUCUGACAUGUAGAAGCUACUCAUAGAAGCUUCUCCCCAGAGUAGAUUUUGGCUACAAAAUUAAUUGCAGAAGGAUUUCCAAGCAUGCUAUAAGAGUAAGAUAGAUAUAUUUUAGCUGUAGUACUUUGGCACUAUAAACUGUUUGUUUGUUCUGGAUGUUAAUGUGUUUAAGUUUUUGGCUAAAAAAGAAAACUUGCACACACACCCAUAUCUGAUAUUGAAUUCCGUUUUCAGUGAAUAAUUGACUUUCUUCAGUGUCAUCUUUCAAAGUAGCCAAGCACAGUAGAAUCAUUUUAUCCAAGUAGCUAACUUUGCCCUAUGAGAUAACAUUUAAGAUGUGGUUGUUA